AUGUGCAGGAAAUAGGCGGGACUUUGCGUGACCUAUAAGUUCAUGCAUAUAUUAUAUAGCAGGCCAAAAGAGUUGUAACUGUACUGGUUUGUCACUCUUUCACCCAGGUAGGGGUGACAAAAGGGUCAGCGUGAAGUGUGGGUCAAUUUAUCUUCUCAUGUGUCUUGGAUUACUUGAUAAUGAUAAUAUUUUUUAAAGAAGGAAAACGGUAAAGACUAAAGAGUUCCACGAAUAGAAACGACGAGAAUAUUUCUUCUGGAAAAAACAAAUAGUACAUGAGUCAACUCCAUCAUGAUAACAUAACAAUGAACUCCUACCAGGGGCUCGCAAAGUCCUUGCUUCAUGGAACAGUACCAGGAAAAAGAAGAAGAGGCAUACAGAGAAAGCGAUGAGAAAACUGUAGAAAACAUAAAAGAAUCGACGGGCCUGUCUAUCUAAGUCAAAAGAGAAAAGGAGAAAGACGGUCGACAAAUCAUUGUGGUGCCCCCAUUGGUUAAACAUACUAAGGGAUAGGUGAAGACAUGCCAGGAUUGGUUUACCUGCCCGUGUCAUAGUCUGCCACAAUAGGUAAUGUUGCAGGUAGCCGUUCGGGCUACAUAAACAAGUCUUUUGUCCUUUCGUUGGCGGUUGUCUUUUUGUAUGCGUGUGUUCUGUGGAAAGAAGGGGAGAGUGAGGCUAACAUAGGACCCAAAGCUGAUCGCGGUUGGAAUCAAUGACAGUUUUAUUCAGAAACAAUUUGACCUAUUGUUGUUCAUUUUGUUGUCAAUUCUUAUGUAUGCAGGAAAUAGUUUUAGGAGGAGACUACAAAAGAAGAAACGUACUGCUUUUGUAUCCUGGAGCCUACUCGAGCAAUAAAAACGCGUAAUCCCUGCGAGUUAGGGGAAUGAGUGCUGUGCUAUCUAGGACUAAACGAAAACAAGGGAUUCUCCACGCCCUGCUGCCUGGCGCCCGUGUAGACAAGAACACCAAUAAGAUUCUGGUCCACACUGGCACGUCCAAUGAAAUCAUCAAGUUCAAUGUUGGAGGCAGCAUCUUUGAGACGUACAAGUCAACUCUCAGUGCCGUCCCAAAAAGCCCUCUUUCUAGUGAUAAAUUUCUCUCCAAACACUUCCGAGAGAGCCACAGGGACUACUUCUUUGACAGAGACCCGGCGAUAUUCCACUGCGUCUUGAACUACUUUCGCACGGGGGAGCUACAUCUGCCGACCUCGGUGUGCGGCCCUGUCGUACGCUCGGAGCUGGAGUUCUGGGGAGUGGAUGAAGUGGACAUUGAGGAAUGCUGCUGGAGCAGGUACGCCACCUGGGCUACGACGCUGCAGGAUCUUCGAAAACUGGAAGAAGACAGAAAAAACAAUCUCCAGUUAGGAGAGUAUCCAGAGAAAGAUAACUCGUCUUGUUUCAGAGAAGUGCGUCGUAAAGCCUGGAGAUUUUUCGCUCAACCAUCCUCGUCCCUACCUGCAAAGAUUUACUGCUGCACUUCCCUCUCUGUCAUCUUCUUGAAUAUUUUCUCCUUCUGUGCAAACACCCACGAGGCCUUUCAAGUUAAGGAGAUCUCUUACCUGGAUUCCUCUGUCACACCUGUAAAUUCUACUCAGUCAGUAGACGCUGUGGAGCAUUCGCAUCCUGUGCUGCGUUAUAUUGACGUUGCCUGCCUCGUGUUCUUCUCCGUGGAACUUCUCCUGCGAUUUCUGGUCUCCCCCCAAAAGUUACGGUUCAUCACGCUACCCAUGAGCAUCAUCGAGUUCCUGGCGCUGCUGCCUGACUUGAUAGACAACGCCAUGCUUCUGUCUCCCUACGCCAAGGGUCCGACCCUCUUGUGGAUUAUUGACUUCAUGAAGCUCCUGAGAGUGUUCAGAAUCUUCCGACUUAUGCGGCAUAUUCCUGGUCUUUGGAUUUUGUUCUACACUCUCAAGGCCAGUAUAAAAGAUCUUCUUCUUUUGCUGCUCUUCGUCUGUGUCGGGAUGCUCAUCUCUUCAUCCUUAAUCUACUUCGCCGAGCGAGUGGAGCAGAAAGAACUCUUUUCCAGCAUUCCAAAGUGUUUCUGGUGGUCGGUUGUGACCAUGACCACCGUGGGCUACGGAGACAUGUUUCCAAAGACUAACUGGGGCUACCUCAUCGGCACCGCCACUGGGAUCUCCGGGGUGCUCAUGAUAGGCUUCACUGUUCCCGUGCUGGUGAACAAUUUCGUCCUGUAUUACAAUCACACCACAUCGACCAUCAGCAGAGAGGAAGAGAGGAAGCGUCUGGCUGGCGAUAAGAAGUCCGGACGAUUCCACGGUAACGCUCUGAGCGAGGAAGAUCUGAAUCUGGAUGAGGCGGUACUGGGCUUGGGUGGUCUCAAAUCUUUAUUUUCCAAUUUUACUUUAGAAGUUUCCAGCGGCGAUGUGAAGCACUGUUCUCUCUCCGUAAACUCGAUCGGCGAUAGUCUUUUCGUGGAUGCAAACGAAUCAUUAACUUCCAAACUGAACGAUGUAGAGGAAAAACAUGCGGAAAUCUACAUACCAUGAUUGAGUAGGGAUUACACCUCUGUAUACCUAAGUGGGCCCUCUUUGAAAAAAAUCGGUUGCGGGUCCUAUAAUUUCAGGAAGGUUACUCAACUUCCAUUUUUAAAUAUAGAACUUUAACUGUCAAUAACUAUCUCGACACUCGUGUUUGUACACUAAGCAAAUCAAAGCUUACAAACUAAAAGGUUCUGAAAAGUAGAAUUACAGACGCUGAAUCAUAGAUUUUAUUUAGAUGUAUGUUUAUGUUUAUAAAUAUAGCCCAAACGAAUAAAUAGAUUGAUAAAGUAUGUAUCAUCACCAAAUAAAACUGUAGGCCUAAGCUAAAAUUAAUGAUUUAGGAUAUAGAGUACAAAAAACAAAUCUUGAAAGCAGUCAACGAUCUUCUUUAUUUCAUUAAAAAUAUCCCAAAUUCUUAAAUUAUAAAAUAGUACUCAACUUUGACCAUUUCAGUGUAGGCCAAAUUAAAAUUGUCUGCUGUUAUCAAUGUAGGUGUAGGCCAAAUUUAAAUUGUUGCCUACUUUUACCAAUAUAAAUGUAGGCCAAAUUAAAACGUAGUCUACGUUUACCAAUGUAGGUGUAGGCAGCUGUAAGCAUGAAAUGUGUUUUUUUUUAGCAAUUGUAUUAAAAUAUCAUUUUAAACUGCAUUUUAAAAAAUCUGAAUAUCGUAGGUCACAAGGACACCUCUAAUCUGCACAUGCGCGUCUUUUCACCUAUUACUUUGCCAUUGAACACCCGCAGAGAUGAUGAUAUUUGAGAUGAAAGCCUGCAGCCUCAUUUUUGUUAAAAGAAUAUCAAAGAAGAAUAAAUUAUCGCGUCAAUGUAGAAAGACUGCUCUGUAGGAAGUCCAAUAUAAAGGGGCUUCACGUAGUUUCGCUCGCUGUUUUAAAACGCAUCCAUUGUUGUUCACAAAAUCGAUAAACUUUAUCAUUUAAAUUUUGUUUUUGUAUUGUAGGCCUAUUCAAUGACUCUGUUAUUGUGCCUUCCUUUCUUGCAAUGGUGUUAUGACUGUCUAUGACCUUAUAGGAACAUUUUUUUUUCAUUUCAUAUUUUACAAUUAAAAUUUUUUUUAAAGUAUUACCGGCAGCACGUGAUUGCACAAAACAUUCCAAAGAGCCAAACGCCACCGACUUUCUGUAUAGUACAUACCCUACUAUAUGCAACUGCAUUAAGAAGCAAGCAUACAUUGUCAUUAUUUUGCAAGACUAUUCUCGACUAAAACGUACGUUUGGUUAUUGACAUUGCCAUGAAUGAACUGACAUUCAAGCUAACAUAAAUGUCACCCGUUCACUUUUCUGUGUACCUACUAAUGUCCUUCCUGCCUUAUUCGUUAAUUGUAAUAGUGGUCCCUGGUCUCAUCUGCCUGUUUAUUAUGUAUAUAAAAAUAUACUGUUUGAAACUGUCAAUAUAGAAAUGCAUUUAAUGCAAGCAUUUUCUUGCCUAAAACUUGCCCAUGCAUUUAUUUUAAAGUCGGUGAUAUAUAUUUGCUUUAUGUGCCUGCAUUUUAUGCUUUGAUGAACUUGCAUUUGACUGUCUUUUUUCAAUAACUUGAUUACCAUCAGUUUGAUUGAUUUCAUUUGAAUCCUUUUCAAUGAGUCAACCCGAAAGAUUUGAACUAUUUAGAUGUGCCUUUAUUGUCAACUUCAACAAAAUUAUUAUUUUUUUAUAUUUUUUUUUAGGAUUUGUAACAAGUUUAGACACAUAGUCACAUACAAUUUUCAUGUAGUUUUGUGAAAGAAUGGUUUGUACACAAAAAAUGUCCUCCAUAGAAUAUGCUGCUCUUACGUAUAAUAAACAAUAUUAAGAUUAGCGUUUAUGAAUGUUGAUAAAAUUGUAAAAUAUAUGUUUGUGGUUUCAACAUUCUGUGUUUCUCAUUGACCAGAUUUCUGCAAAAUAGUUCAUUAAACUGUUUGUAUUGAAAGAAGGUAAAGAAGACACUGUUUUAGCAUGUCUACUCUGGCACCUAUUUGCUCUGAUGUCUAGACAUAUACAUCAACUAUUACUGUUUUGAAUCAUUUCAAAAUUUCCGUUUGUAUGACAACCUUCUUAUCAUUUACAGAUUUUCCAUAAGAAAACGAUUAUUGAAUAUUUUCCCUUGUCAAUUUCAUUAACAAUCUGAUAAUGAACAAUUAUUGUUCUAUUAGAUAAAGUUAAUUUACAAAUGGGUCAAAAUGAAUGUUAAUCUAUAAUACAAGUUAAUCUACAAUGGGAUCAAAAUAAAUGUUCAUUUAGAUAAAAAUGAACUAUACAGUUUGGUUAUGAUUACAAUAAUUGUUCAUUUAGAUCUAGAUAGCUCUUGGUUUUUCUUGCUAGGUAUUCUACAAAUGAAAAGAGUCCCUAGAUAUUUAAGAUAAAAUCUGAAAUAAGAAAUAUCUAAGCAUUUUUUUAAACCUAUUUUGAGAGUACAUUCUGGUAGAAGGUUUUGUUAAUUAUUAUGUGCUUGAAGUUCUUGAAGUAUUUGAUGCAUCAGUUCCACACAUCUAAGUGAAUGCUUAAUACUUACUUUCAUUUCCAGAGAAUUUUGUUAAU